UUGACAGUGCCACUGGGAUUUAUCACCCGCAAGUACAUCAGUGGCAAGCCGUCAGGAAGAGCGCUGCAUGCAGCAAGUAACCUUCCUGGCCGUGCACGCGCACGUCGCAUUUACACUACACCACACCUCCCAAGGCCGAGUCCAGCGGUGGCAGACCACAGCCAGCUGCGAGCGGCGAGUUCUUUAAGGAAGCAGCAGGCCGUUGCCUCGCUUUGCUUGGUCCUGGCUUCCUUCCUUGACCCUUCUAGUAGUGACUAGUAAGGCACUCUAGCGAGCUGCCUGUGAGAGUGUGAGGUGAGGGUGGCCGGAGACGGAGAAGAAGAGAGCGUAGGGAGACCGGGGGGAAACCAGCGGUGGGGGAGAGAUGAGCGUGACCAAGUUCAUAAAGUGCGUGACGGUGGGGGACGGCGCGGUGGGCAAGACCUGCAUGCUCAUCUGCUACACCAGCAACAAGUUCCCCACUGAUUACAUCCCCACGGUGUUCGACAAUUUCAGUGCCAAUGUUUCCGUGGAUGGGAACAUUGUCAACUUGGGUCUCUGGGACACUGCCGGGCAAGAGGACUACAGCAGGUUGAGGCCACUGAGCUACAGGGGCGCAGACGUGUUCGUGCUGGCUUUCUCAUUGAUCAGCAGGGCUAGCUAUGAAAAUGUUCUUAAGAAGUGGAUGCCAGAGCUUCGUCGAUUUGCGCCGAAUGUUCCAGUUAUUCUUGUUGGGACCAAGUUGGAUCUCCGUGACCACAGAGCAUACCUGGCUGACCAUCCUGGUGCUUCAACAAUCACGACGGCAGAGGGUGAAGAACUGAGAAAGCAGAUUGGUGCUGCAGCUUAUAUAGAGUGCAGUUCCAAAACGCAGCAGAAUGUCAAGGUUGUCUUUGAUACCGCCAUCAAAGUGGUCCUUCAACCCCCUCGCAGAAGGGAGGCGAUGACUCCCAGGAAGAAAAGUAAGAAAAGCUCCGGACGCUCUAUAAUGAGCCUGAUGUGUGGCAGCACUUGUGUUGCCUAGGAGUCUAGGGCACUGAACUUGGAGGAGGUGGUGUGUGAAUGUGUUAUGACAAGUGAAUUUGCUACAGAAUGGGGUGACACAGCACGGAUUACUGCUGCUUUUGUUUUCCUUACCUCAUUCGCUGUAUGAUUGGGUUUUAGAGGUAGGGCGUCAGGCUCUUGGACUGACUUUUCAGACUUCUGUAGUGCCAUGUAAGAAUGUUGUUGGACAAGGAUUGCUCGUGUUAUGUAAGACUAUUAUGUGAUAACAAGAUACAAGUUCUGCACGAUGAAUGCGGGCUGUAUUACUCUGACAGCGUUGCUAUAGGUGUAUGAACAGUUGUUUUGUGAA